CCACACCUCACCUCACACAACACCAACCCCCUCAACCUCAACUUCACCCUCACCCUCACCCUCACCACCCUCAAAAUGAAUCUCACCCUCUUCUCCACCAAAUCCUACGACACCCACUACUUCACCACCACCCUCACCAGCCUGCAACCCACCCUCCCCGAACCCAUCACCCUAACCGCGCACCCCUUCCCGCUCACCCUCUCCACGGUGCCCCUCGCGCGCAACAGCACCGCCAUCUGCGUCUUCGUCAACGACAGCCUCCCGGCCGCGGUCCUCCAAGCCCUCUGGGACAUCGGGGUGCGGGCGAUCCUGCUCCGGUGCGCGGGGUUCAACAACAUCGACCUCCCGGCCGCGGAAGCGCUGGGCUUCUUCGUGGCCAACGUGCCGUCGUACUCGCCCGAGGCGGUGGCCGAGUUCGCGGUCGCGCUGCUGCAGACGCUGAACCGCAAGACGCACCGGGCGUACAACCGGGUGCGCGAGGGGAACUUCAACCUGGAGGGGUUCCUGGGGAUGACGCUGCACGGCAAGACGGUCGGGGUGGUGGGGCUGGGGCGGAUCGGGAUGGCGUUUGCGCGGAUCAUGCGCGGGUUCGGGUGCGAGGUGGUGGGGUUCGAUCCGGUGCGGCAGCAGCAGCUGGAGGGAGCAGGUGGAAAGGAUGGGAAUGUGGAAGACAAAGACGAAGACGAAUUCACCACCCAAUUGGCAGGCCGGUACGUCGCCACCGUCGCGGACCUGCUCGCGCGGUCCGACAUCGUCAGUCUGCACUGCCCGCUCACCGAGGCCACGAAGCACAUCAUCAACGCCGCGUCGCUGCGCGGGCUCAAGCGCGGCGCCAUCCUGGUCAACACCUCGCGCGGCGGGCUGAUCCACACGCGCGACGCGAUCGGGGCGCUCAAGGCCGGCACGCUGGGCGGGCUGGCGCUGGAUGUGUACGAGCAGGAGGGCGAUCUGUUCUACAAUGACCACUCCGCCGAGAUCAUUCAUGACGACACGCUGAUGCGGCUGAUGACCUUCCCCAAUGUGCUGGUCGCCGGCCACCAGGCCUUCUUCACGCAGGAGGCCCUGGGCGAGAUCGCGCAGGUGACGCUGUCCAACCUGGCGGAUUUUGUGGGCAGGCGGCCGUGUCGGAAUUCGUUGGUGCGCGAGGGUCAUUUGUUUGUGGAGGGGGAUAAGCAGCCUGUGCGGUUGUAGGUGCCGGGGUAUUGGGGGUGGUGAUGGUUUCGGUGGUGGACGUUGUCUGCUUGGGAUAUGAGUUUGGUUUCACGGCAGUCUCUCGUGACGAAUUAGUCCGAUGUGAACAUCAUCUAGUGUUAAAGCUCGUCUUGUACACGUCCGAUAUACUGAAGGAAGGCGAAAUGUUACUGAUUACAGCCGUCGUGAAUGCUUCAACAAGCGUUGCAGGAUCGCCUUUCCUGAUACCUGUUUCCACAUUGCCUGGCGGAGUCAGCCAUACAAUCUUCUAGCAGAGGAAGAACCAGGCAGCUUGUAGCAUCAUAAUCAAUUUCAUCGCGAAAUUGCACGAGUUGGUCAGGGACCUUGGAUACGGUGGAUGCUCUACUCGUGCCAAUUUGCAAUAGCCCCUGAUUCUGCUGUCAGUGCCCUUGUGCCUUAUCAGUCUCCUCUUGAAGCAAGC